GAACUGUUUUGAGACUGUUGGGCAUAAUUUUAUUUCAAGAUGCCCUGUGGUGACUUAUCGCAAUCAAAAUGGUGGUUUCUGCUCGCAGUUCUGAUGUACCAAGUUGAGAUGAAUUGGUCCCAACUCACUGUCAUAUCCCAACCAUUAUAUCCAACUGAAGGGCAGAAUGUUUUGCUACGUGUUAGCUUUUCAUCAGAGAUCUAUAACAUCAACUGGUACCGAGGCUCAAAUACAUUUUAUUCAAUGAAUAUACUGACAUAUAGUCCUGGUUCAGAUGUCACACAUGGGCCAAAUUACACUGGGAGAGAAACAGUAUUGGAUGAUGGAUCAUUGCAUAUAAGAGAUCUGCUGACAAAUUACAGUGGGGUCUACACUCUGGAGCUCACUACACCAGAUUACAUUUUAAAAAGAAAUGUUGAUCUUACAGUAUCACCUGCUUCUGGAAACAGAAACAAUAUGCUAUCCACUGCUGUACCAACUACCCAGUUAAUAAACAGCAAGACUUUGACUCCUAGGUCUAUUGUACUAUUUCGCACCAAAUCAUUCAAUGAAUUUACUACAACAUAUAUCACUGCAUCAGAAAAAAAUAACAUCGUCGUGGGAAUUACAGUUGGGUCAGUAGUUGCAAUCAGUUUGUUUAUUACUGGACUUGUUAUUUACUUAAAAAAAUAUAAAAGAAAAGGCUGCGUGGAACAAGUUUAUCAAGAUGUAUAUCUUGCGGACACAGUAAAUGAAAUAACUCCUUAUUCGGAGUAUAAACCAACUGACCAACGAAGUUUGCCCUCCAUUCCUCUCCCAAACACCUAUCCUACUUAUCAGAAUACUAAUUCAGAGGAGGAAAAUCAUUACAUGGGUCUUACAAAAUAUUCAGAAGCAGCAUAUAUGGACCUGCAGCCAAGAAAUAACUGAUAGGAAAACCAAUAUGAACUGCUUUUGGCUAUCAGCGGUUUUUGUUUCUGAAAGGACAAGCAUUUCAUUCAGUUAUGAAUUUUGUAUAUUUUUCAGUAAAAUAAUGGGAGAAAUGUCACCGAGCUGGUUGAUAUUGUAGGAAUAAGCUGCAGCGAGCCAGUUUUGUACAUUUUUAAUAUUUAUCUAUGCAGUGGCGGCUCAUGGGUUUUUCAAAUGGGGGUUCACAAUAUAUAAAUUGUGAAAAUGUAAUUAAAUGUUGAUUACUCAAGUGCAAGUUAACUCUUUAGGUAAGUAGUUUUGCUGUUAUAAAACAUAUAGCUCUUUAGGUAAGCAGUUUUGCUGUUAUAAAAUAUAUAACUUUUUAGGUGAGCAGUUUUGCUGUUAUAAAAUAUAUAGCUCUUUAGGUAAGCAAUUUUGCUGUUGCUAUAAAAUAUACAGUAUAGCUCUUUAGAUAAUUAGUUUUGCUGUUAUAUAGCCAGGGGCAGACUGAGGGCCCCCCACCUCCUCUUUGCUCCACCUACCUACAUCCUCUGCCCCGCCCGUCUCCUGUCCCCUCCCACCUCCCUUGUCCCUCCCACCUCAUAUGCCCCUCCCCCACCAUGUUUUUUAAUUGCCAUAUAAAGAGAGACUUUUUUCCUUAAAUAUUUUUAAUAAGAACCAAAUAUUGGGGGGACUUCCGGUGGGCGGGCGUAGUGAGUGGAAGCAGGAGAGAGGAUCUCCGGUCUCUUAACAACUGCUGACUGCUGAAAUAUACCCAAAAAGCCCGAUAAAGCCACAAUCCUUGGUAGGAGAAUCGUUCCCCUACCCGGAGUGACAAAGGCAAGGAGUCCGACAUCUGACUCCCUCACCGAGAAGGGGCAUUUGAAAGAAGCGGAGCGGAGGGGCUAAGCUGCGGACAUAGCAGAGACAUAGCUAAAGCCCAGUCACAUAGUGAAAGACAGCUAUAGAUCCACAGAUACCCCCCUCUGAGUCUUCGGGGAUAGUUGAGGAGAUACCGACCCGUUCAAGGGGUGAGUCAAAAUUUUACCAAAGUUUUGGUGGUUAAGCACCAUUUUUACCAGAGGGGAAAGUGUAAGCGUGUGACGCACCAAUUAAUAACAUACGUCCCAGCAUUAGACCACAAGUUAAGGCCCAAGAGCUACACAAUACCAAUCUAACUUGGCUACACAUCCGACAACAGCUCAGAGGAAAGACAUUAAAAAAAGGGAAGCAGCAACUGGGAGGCUGACAUUACACAACAGGCCCAAGAUUAAAUCCCUGCUCUCACACCUGGAACCUUAACUACAAGGGACACUCGGACAGAGACACUAAGCACCAGCACCAGACAUAAUAAAUAAAAGUCUCCUUUUGGUCUAAAGACAUCAGGACAGGUGCAGAGCGGAACUGUUGCCACACAGCACCAACUAAGUUGAGAUAAGAAGUGUCAGGGGCAGUUAAAGGGUCACCUUAAGCAAGAAGCCUGAUAUUGCUCACACUCUAAGAUGCAGAAAAAUCCAGAUUAACAGGAUCCUUGUAGCACAGCCAUCUAUUCACCGGUGAAUACUAAAACUAGCCCGACCUCCCCCCACCUGAAGGGGCGCUUACAUAAUCCUUACUGGCGCUUUAAUUAACUAAAUAACAGCUUAACAACAGGGUGUGAGGGCCGGGAUGCACGGCUAAGACUCAAUGGCUUCCACCCCCUCACUCAUCCACCGCUCAC